AAACUUCCUUGGAUAACAAGACGCACUUUAACAGCCAACCUGAUUUUCCAUCCACCAUGGUCCUGGUCGAGUAUGGCAGCGAAAGCGAAAGUGACCAGGAAGAGGGCCAACCCGAACCACAGCCAAAAGCCGCUGCCGGCGCCGCGCCCUUGCAAGUCGGAAAGGUAAGUCUAGCAGCUUUCGCCAACAAUCUGAAAACCACAGAGAGAUGCUAAACUAACACGCGCCCAGGCGCGCCCAACUCCCGGUUCACCAUUGAAUCCCAAGCCGGAUGGGGUUUCAAAAAGUCUUGUUUCUUCUACCCUAAAAAGAAAGGCUAGCGUUCCUUCUACUCACGUCACCAGUCCCGCAGAUAUUACCUCUGUGCCGGCCGACCAGGUAGAACCUGAGCCGCUAAUCAGGGAACCUGAACCGAUAGAUGAGAUCGGACCUAUCCAGGGUCCCGCGCGACCGCCUCAAUCCUCAUCUCCUGGCCCACAGACCCUUAGGCACGAGCCACUAUCACCUUACUCCCUUAAUCGCGCGACAAUCCGGUCUUUAACCCUGCCGACAUCAAUACCAGAGAUACCACCUUCGCCGCCGGGCGAGGAACACCCCGACGUUAGCUCCAAAUUCAAGCGCUUCCGAGAACUCAAGAAGCAGGGGAUCCAUUUCAACGAGCAGCUCUCACGCUCAUCUACCCUGCAGAACCCGAAUCUAUUCGAGAAGCUCACGGAAUUUGUUGGGGUCGCUGGCGGUGACCAGUAUUCGAGCUGUCUCCCCAAAGAGCUCUGGGAUCCAUUUGGAUUCCCUGAAGAAGCUUUUGCAGACAAGCUUGCGAAAAGUCAGAUCGAAGCACUCGGGAAAAGGCAGGCGGAGGAAAGGAGUCGCAUCGACUUCGUGGGACCUACAGCCAUAUCGACCCCUCCAGCAACAUCACUCUCAAGGGAUAGGAAAACCGGGAGCGCUGGGGGACGAAGCGCAGCAGAAAGGGUUAUGGCAGGGCUGGAUCGGGGAAGGGAUGGGGAACGCGAUACCGGACCCAGGAGAAAGGAGUCUAGUGGGAGGUGGGAUGAGAGGCCAAAAGAGCGAAGGAGAGAGGGUGAGGAGAAAAAGAAACGGUUACGUUCGAGUUCAAGGGAGCGGCCCGUUGGCCGAGGCAGGCAACGGGAUUACGGUGGGGCGUAAUUGGCCAUGUAUAGCACCUAAGUCUAUUUUUAUUUUCAUGUUUGAUAAUUAGAGAUACCCAGCUAUCGCCUUUC